CCGGAUCCUCAGUCUCCGUACCGAGUUUUGACUUACACACACAUAUUAUAAUCACAAGCGCUCUUUCUAUCUCACACACUCUCUCUCUAGACUCCAAAAUCUCAUCUAUCUCUCUCCUCCUCCGCUACAACAAUGGCGCCACUCAAAUCUCUCUCCCUCUUCUUCCUCCUCAUUCUCCUCGCCUCCACCGUCGAACCUCGCCUAACCACCGACUUCUACUCCAAAUCAUGCCCUCGCUUCCACGACAUAGUCCGCGACACAAUCUCCAGCAAACAAAUCACCAACCCGACCACCGCCGCCGCCGUCAUCCGCCUCUUCUUCCACGACUGCUUCCCCAACGGCUGCGACGCCUCAAUCCUCAUCUCCUCCACCGCCUUCAACGCCGCCGAGCGCGACUCCUCCAUCAACCUCUCCCUCCCCGGCGACGGCUUCGACGCCGUCGUCAGAGCCAAAACCGCCCUCGAGCUCGCCUGCCCCAACACCGUCUCCUGCUCCGACAUCAUCUCCGCCGCGACUCGCGACCUCCUCGUGACCGUCGGCGGUCCUUACUACCCGGUCUUCCUCGGCCGCCGCGACUCGCGAACCUCGAAAGCCUCCCUCCUCGCCUCCCUCCUCCCUCUCCCGUCGUCUCCGAUCGCGAAGACCAUUCGCCAGUUCGAGUCCAGAGGCUUCUCCGUUCAGGAGAUGGUCGCUCUCAGUGGAGCGCACUCCAUCGGAUUCUCGCAUUGCAAAGAGUUUGUGGGCCUGGUGGGCCGGAACAGUACCGGGUAUAACCCGAGAUUCGCUGUCGCGUUGAAGAAAGCUUGUUCUAAUUACCCGAGAGACCCGACGUUGUCUGUUUUCAACGAUGUUAGUACUCCGAACAAGUUCGAUAAUAUGUAUUACCAAAAUAUCCCUAAAGGUCUCGGGCUACUUGAAUCGGAUCACGGGUUGUACUCCGACCCGAGAACCCGGCCGUUUGUUGAUCUUUACGCUAGAGAUCAAGAUCGGUUCUUUAAAGACUUUGCUAAAGCUAUGCAAAAGUUGAGUCUUUACGGUGUUAAGACUGGUCGACGGGGAGAGAUCCGGCGAAGGUGCGAUGCCAUUAACUGAGUUUUAAUUUUUUUUGUUUUGGGGAUAAAAUGUGAGAGAUUUGAGAGUUUGAAUCUCAUAUGUUUUUUUUGUGAAACUAGGUGUUUUCCUGCACCAUGUGCAGUAAGACAUUUUUUAAAUUUAACUUAUAUUUAAAAAUAAAUUUUAUUAAA